AUUCCUGUGCUAUACUUACACACGGACACAUGCACACUCGCAGCGGAGCAACAGCCGGUCUACACACGGCAAAGACCGCGCGGCAGUACAGUCGACGACAGCGAUCGAGCGGGAACUCGACUAUAUAUAUAUAUCGGCUGUAUCUUUUUCGAUUCGAACGAGAGAGAAAAAGUUAAAGAGCCGCCGCGCGUAUUGCGUGUGUUGUAAGAUCGCCGCAUCAGCGACCGGUUGGAGCCGUCAUCUCGUGUGCAUCGAGCCACGGCUACGCGGGAUAUUGUAUUAUCGGCUCUGUAAGCCAUAUCAUCAUCGAUCAAUGGAGUAGAAAGAAGUAUACACCCGUCAACAGCCGCCGAAUAAUUCGCAGCCGUCCAGAUGCUCACGUCUCGUCGUGCCGGCGAUAACGAGGUCUAGUCUCGUCGCUUGCGAUAAGCUGCUGGUGCUAAUAUAUCAGUACAGAGAUACGCGUGGCAUCGGCGCGUAGAGCAGUAUGGCGAUAGCGAAGAUCAGGAGUUUCCUGGACUCGGGCUUGAAGAGCGUCUCGCAGCCGCUGAGCGAACGAGCGAGCGCCAAUCUCGAGCCCGAGAUCGGCAUCAGGAUCGUCCACUCGCCCAACGACAAGAAUCUCAGGGUCACCGUACUCGGCGCCAGACACCUGCCGCAGAACUUUGGCUUCACCCGCGUCAACAGCUACGUUGUCAAGGUCAAACUCAUUCCCGGCAAGGAUAAGUACGAGACGACAACGCGCAACGAAUCAUGGCCUCAGUGGAACGAGGAGUUUGUCUUUUCCUUGCGGAAGGAGACCAAAGUCAAGUUCGGCAAGUCAAAGUUCGUCGAGGAGGAAAUCGGCGCGUCCAAGUUCAUGGUGGCGACGCUCUACGCCAUCCUCGAGGACAAGCCCCUCAUCGCCACCGAGAAGAAGGAGAGCGACAAAGAUAAAGGAAAGGAGAAAAAGGACGGCAAGAAGAAGGACGGAAAGGACUCGAGCGGCGCAUCCGGCACGCAGGACGCGAAGGAACAGUCGAAGGGCAGCAAGUUGCUGAAUCAGUUCUUCGGCAAGGGAUCGGACAAGAUCGGCGAAUCGGCCGGAAGCGAGAGGAAGGCUUUCGAGAAGAGACGGACCAUCGGUGCCACGACGAUUCCCCUCGAUCCGAGAAACUUCACGACGAAACCACUCAAACCCAAGCACUCGCAGGACGUCUCGACCGGCGACAUGUGGAGAACACUCAAGCCCAUCUCCAGCGGCAUUUCCGGCGCUGAAGAACGGAGGGAGAACAAGAAGGGCCAGGUGGAGCUGUCGCUCUGCCAGGAGAAGAGCGACAAGAAGGACGUAAGCAGCGGACGGCUGGUGCUGACCCUCGUGCGGUUGCGCUGCUCGCUGCAGUCGAUGCACGAGCACGAGGCGCUCAAGGGCCAAAUGUACAUAAAGAUGUCGGUGGUGGACAACGGCCGGGUCACGCACUUUUGGAAGAGCGACCGGUUCUCGCCAUGCGUCUCGAUGAAGUUCGACGCUGAUCAGGCACAGGUCAUCGCUGAGAAUCCUUACGAGGGCGCGCUCAAGGACGUUAGCUUCGUCGUCAAGUUUGUCUCGAAGAACAAAAUUGGAAAGAAGAUCACCGUUGGGCACUUCGUGAUUGGGCCCGAGGUCGGCGGAACCUACAGCGAGCAGUGGAAGCAAGCCCUGGCGAAACCGGGACAACAGAUCGUAAAGUGGCAGCACUUUGAGUGAAGAGAUCUGCUAAUUUUUUUUUUUUUUUUAUUCCGACAAGCGAACGUUUUACUUCUGUAUUUUUUGCAGGCUAAGAUACGCGAAAAACCUUAACCGUCCAUUAUUUGUUAAGUGAUGUAAGGAGAUUCGCAUUGCGCUGUAAAUUGUAGAUAAUACCGACGUACUGAGAAUGUUUUGAAGUAUUUACAAAAUUACUUUGUGUACAAAUGUAGAGAUUAUAAGCGUAAGAUUUGUAGAGAUCAGUCAUCAAUGGAUUGAAAAUUGUGAAGCAACGUUUUUUUUUUGUAUUUUAUCAAACACCGCAGUAUGUCAAUUUUAAGUUAAAAGUCAUAUGUAUGCGUAUUUUAUUUUUUUUACUUCUGUAGCGUUCUUUCAAGUUGCCUAUAUAGCUGAUAGUAAAAAUUAGUCGUUAGAUGUUGCACUGAGGCUCAUUAAAGUAUAUAAUAAUUUGAAACAGUGCGCUCUGCAGGUUGUCUUAUUUUAAUAAAAUAUGCGUGAGAAAUUGUUUAAUAAUUUGAUGUUUUUAUUAAUUUUGUAAAUUAAACACGAUAAAAACUCGUACAUUGUAUCUAAAAUAAUUUUAUCUUGUUUCGUAUAUCUUGUGGACUAAAAUAUUUGUAUUUUUCUCAAUAGUACAAUGAAUUUCAUAAAUUUUAUUAAAAAA